GAAGAAUUGACGUCCAGAAGAUCCUGCCUAUAGGAUCAGAGCCGUAAGCGGAGCCCUGCUCUUUCCUCACUUUAAAUCCAGCUAGCAAAUACAGACCCAGUUCAACUCGGCAGACCUGAAGCUGGGAAUUUAACAAGUCUCAAUUUUGAAAAUGCCUCCCACUUACUGGUCUUUCAAUUUGAUAAGUGGCCUUCCAGAGCUCAGGAAUACUUAAAAGCAAGACAAAGUGGAUGAGGAAAAGGCAAGUUUCAGGAUUCAAACUAUGCUAAAACAUGUUCUCCUUUUACCUUUCGGAAACAGUACUGUUGAACGAGCUGCAGCUGCUCCUUGGUUCGUUUAUUGUCAAGACGUGUCACAAAGUGAUAUGACUUUUAAACUCUUUUAAUGGUUUAAAGCCAGCAAGCAGCAGCAAAAUUAAAGCAAAAAAUUUAUCUGAGGAUUUUCCAAGAAGAAAGCUGUCUUCUCAGAAGAGCCAAGUAGGACAAUGGCAUCUGGAGAGUGCCUUCUGCUGGACAUAGAAACAGAUAACUUUAUUCUCUACAACAUCUCUGUCAACCAGAGUGCAAAUCUCUCCCUCCUUGGUGACGACUGGUUCUACCCAGCAUUCCUCUACGCCAUCCCCACCAUCUAUGGGAUCAUCAUUUUGAUAGGCCUUAUUGGCAAUAUCACUUUGAUUAAGAUCUUCUGUACUGUGAAAUCCAUGAGAAAUGUCCCUAACUUGUUCAUCUCCAGUUUGGCUCUGGGAGACCUGCUGCUUUUAGUGACUUGCGUGCCUGUGGAUGCCAGCAGGUACCUUGCUGACGAGUGGCUCUUUGGCAGAACUGGAUGCAAACUUAUCCCCUUCAUACAGCUCACUUCUGUAGGGGUGUCAGUCUUCACUCUCACUGCUCUCUCAGCUGAUAGGUACAAAGCUAUAGUAAGGCCGAUGGACAUCCAAGCAUCCCAUGCACUGAUGAAGAUUUGUGUGAGAGCUGCUGUAAUCUGGAUUGUAUCCAUGUUGCUUGCCAUCCCUGAAGCAGUGUUUUCAGAUCUACACCCUUUCCAUGACAAAGGGACUAAUAAAACCUUCAUCAGCUGUGCUCCUUACCCACAUUCUGACGGGCUGCAUCCCAAGAUUCACUCAAUGGCAUCAUUUCUGAUCUUUUAUAUCAUUCCCCUAUCUGUCAUUUCAGUUUACUAUUAUUUCAUUGCUAAGAAUUUGAUUCGGAGCGCUUACAACAUUCCCGUGGAAGGAAAUGUGCAUGUGAGGAAACAGAUUGAAUCUCGUAAGCGUCUUGCAAGGACAGUGCUGGUCUUUGUGUGCCUCUUUGCCUUCUGCUGGCUUCCCACUCACAUCAUCUAUUUAUACCGGUCCUACCACUACUCAGAGGUGGACACCUCAGUGCUGCACUUCAUUGCCAGCAUCUGUGCUCGGAUCCUGGCAUUCACCAAUUCUUGUGUCAACCCUUUUGCUCUCUAUUUGCUCAGCAAGAGCUUUCGGAAACAGUUCAACAACCAGCUGUUCUGCUGCAGAGCUCGCCUCCUCAUCAGGUCCCAGAGCAUGGCCAGGAGCACCACACGAAUGACCUCUCUCAAGAGCGCCAACCAUUCCCUGGCUACCUUCAGCCUUAUCAAUGGCAACCAUGUCUGCCAUGAAGGCUGCGUCUAAAGGGCACAGUGAGGGACAUCACAUACCUAGUGUGGCUGCUUAGUUUUGUUCUGUAGUUACGGUGAGUAGCUCACAUACGCACACGCACACACAUACAAGGAGGUCUGAUGUGUUCAGAGAAAUCAGAGGCGCUUGACACAUCCAACAUUUCAUCCUAGGCUGAGGUUGAAGCAUCCAACACUUCAUCCUGGACUGAGAUGGAGCCAGAGCAGCAGAUCAUUGAGCACCAGCCCACAAGAGCUAUCUGGGAAGCACUCUGUUGCUUCAAGUCUUGCUGCUAUCAAUGACAGCAAAGUGAGCACCUUAAGAUCAAAUCUAGUUUGGGUCUACCAAUUCUUCAUCACUUUCUGCUCAGUCCUGAACUCAGGCAGACUUGCGACAAUGGCAAAGACCAUAGCAGGUGCACAAAAUUUGUCAGAACAGUUGUAUUCAGCAGUCCAUGGUAUAAUAUAUUUUGACACCAAAAUAAACCCAUUUAAAUAAGAUAAAUACUUUUACAAAGAAGUUCACUGUAGGUCAUUUACAGACUUUUCAAGUAUUUAUUUAUGUUCUAAGUACAGUAUUAAUUCAUAGUAUAAAAUAUGUCAAGAUUUUACUGGGGCAUGUCAGUGGCCCUGUCUUAAAAGAGCAGUAUCUUACACUACAUCAAUGUGAAAGCAGUAAUGUGAAUAAAUGUGAGUUGGAAUAUGUUUACAGUUUUCAAAUGUGUGAGCUUUUGCCAUAUUGUGAAGGAGACAGCAGGGCAUUUUCCAAGCAUUACUGUUUUGCUCUUCCUGUCUUCAAGGUGUGAGACGGCGACUGUUUCAUCACCUAAGAGGUACCACGAAAUUUUAGUUGGGUUUGGCUAAGGGCAGGAAAUUACCAGAAAAUGAAGCACAGCUAAUUUUCAUGUAGCUAUUUUUCAUGUAGCAGUAAAAUGCUCUAGUUUUUCAGUCAAAGCUAUCAACAAUGCCAAUCUCCAAGCCAUGGGUUUUUUUAAUUUCUGUCUUCACGGAAAUCUUUGGGCAAGACUGGCUAACAGGUUGGAGAAUGAGGUCUUCUAUAAGGUUUACUCCAGAGCAGUUCCUGUUCCAGGUGUCAGCUGUUCUGAAAACAGAAGCAGUGUUCUGCAGAUAACAAACUCUUGAAGUGCGUGGGCUAUAGGACAGGCAAUGAAGCUGCACACCUGAUAAAGAAAGCUGCUGCGAAAGAAGGCCAUAAAUCAAUCACUGUAGCAGAACAUUGAGUUUUUAAUGGUCCUCAUCCUUUUUGAUGAUGAUCCUUUACCUUGCCACAGCAAAAGAAAAAUGACAUCUAGUAACAGUUUGUGUUGAUCUUGCUCUGUGAAUGUAGGAAAAGGCAUGCGUGCAGUGUAAAAACAUUCAACUCUGGAUCUGCAGCUGCUCAAGGAUGCUGGCAGGAGCUUCAGCCUCCAGUGUCUGCAAAAGGGCUAUCAUGCCAAAGGCAGAGCUCUGACAACUCUUUAACAGAUUUUGUCUUUGAGAACGGUGCCCUCUGAGUGAGGUUCGACACUCAGGUACAUAAGUUCAGUAUGUGGUCCCAGCACUGUGUGGAUGUGCUGCUAAGGGCAGUCCUGCCCUGACCUCCACCAUCCUGGGCACCACCACCUGUGUCAUUCCCUCCUGCAGGCUUGAGUGCCCCCACACACCAGUUGGCCUGAAAACUAAUGUGAUAGGGUUAUUUUACAGCUGAGUCAAUUCCCUUACUUAGCUGGCUGUGUAGCUAUGGCAUUAAUUUCAAUUUACUGGGCUAUCUGAGAUUCUCAUUUACUAAAAUUUUCAGCAGGACAUUCAGUGCUUUCCCUGACCUUGAACACAAAGCCACAUACAGUACCAGAAGCCCCAUCUGUGGCCACUUCAGGAAGUUUUGUCAGGUUUUGAGCUGUUUAUGACAUUUCAAAAUGAGAAAAAAUUAUCUGGCCUAAAACAUUUUUAUUAAAUGUUUUUUUCAGCCUUGUAAGAAUUUAAUUAAAGCAGGAAUUAUACACUUCAAGAGCAGCCACACCGUCUGCGCUAUGUGAUUUGUCCUCCUGUUCAGUAACAAAGCACACAUUACUAUUGAUAUACAAGAGUCUCCAACAGUUUCUGAAUUUUUAUUUCUGAGGGAAAGGGGAAAGCACAGCAACAAUGUGAGAAAACCAUAAAUAUGGGGAAAAGAUCAUUGCUAUAACUUCCUCAGGGCUAAGCUGAAUACGAACAGACCUUGCUUCCCUGAGGAAGAUGUUCUAAACACAGGAUAGUUAUGAAGAUACCUCACCAUGGUAUUAAAUAAGUGUUGUUGGUGUUACUCUUUUCUUCUUAACAGAGCUAGUGACUCUGAGGACAGGAAAGAUGGGUUUGGCUCUGAUCUGGAUAGCCCUUUCCAGAAAUGCGACUGCAGGUGUCCGCAUGUGGCAUGGCCUCACCAUUGUUAACUUGCUCAGUAUUUCUUUUCUCUUUGUUUUCAGAGUAGAAAGCCAAAAAUUUGAGGGGAGUUCCAUGCCAAAUGUAAUUCUUUCAUCAGAAUCUAAGAUGCUUACAACUUCUUUUAAUUUUUAUGAACUUAGAUCAAGCUUUUUCAGAUGAAAUGUAGAUUUUCCUUAACAUUCUUCAUUUUAUUCAGAUCCCUUCAUCCCCCUUUAAUAUCUUUAAGGCAGUUAGGUGCUUUUGUUGGAAAAAGAAAUAUCGAUUGAAAAAGGAUUCCUUGCAAAAAAUAUUCUGAAAUGUAUUUCACAAACUCACACUCAUUUUUUAACACCUUGUAUUAAAAUAAUGAAUAAAUUCAACACAGCAGUGGAGUUCAGGGAGGAUUCAAGAAAGCUUUCUGAAAUAUCCCAGCAAGUAAUUAAAAUAUUGUGUGGUUGUAAUUGGUUUUUGUUUUCUCACUCCUUGUCUCAUUACCUUGGUUUCUAAAACACUAUGUACUUUACACCCCUGCAGCAGUCUAUUCCCUUAUCUAGCGUUAUCUUGGUGUUUGCUGGCACACCUACAACUCUGACUCUUUCAACCUGGAGCAUUGUUUGCAGUGUUUGGUGUGUUUGAUAAAUUUUCAAAGUGCCCAAGAUAAAACCUCACCCUGGCAGGCGGCUUCAAAGCCACAUCUUCUGUGCUGCCCAGUCCUGCGAAGCUUUGCAGUCCUGGAUGGGGAGAGCCCCUGACCAUAACCCUGCAGUUGCUCUGCACCUCAGUUCUCUGCUCAGCUCUCUCCGCCAGCACCAGGAGCAUUGUGGUGGCAUCUCAGACCACGUUGCCUGGGAAAUGCUGUGUUUCAAGGCUCUGAAAAAAACUGUCCCUGAAAUGCCUGUUUUCUGGGUGGCUGAGGAAUUUUCCUGUUGUCGAGACAGAUAUCCCAGGUUUCAUGAAUGAAAUUCACCUAGAACCAGAUAGCCCUUCGGGUUUGGUCUGCUCUGUCUCAUCUGACACAUGGCAGUUGUAUCACGUUCAACCAGCUGCAAGCUGUGAGUGAGGGAAAAAUGGUCAGAGGGUUAUUAAAAAUAUGUCGUCGCCAUUAGAUGAAUUGAUGUAAAAUGAGAAACUAAUGUUAAAUAGGGCCAUAAUGGGUAAUGUCCAUGCUUUCUCAAGAGAAAUUAAAUAGGACAAAACAUUGUUCUUCAUUAGGAAUUUGAAUUUUCUGGGAUUCCUGAGUUCCUUUUUCGCCCAUUGAACAUGGUGGGAGAUAAAGAUGUUGAGUAAAUCACAACUUUCAGUUUUUCUUGCUUUGGUUUACGAUUAUUUGGUGAGCUUUGGCUAAAAAUACAUUUCUUGUAAGUUUGGAAAACCACUGCAAAGAAUAAAAACCUACAGAAAUUUUUUAAUAUUGACACUAGGUAAAGAAUUCGGAGUUCUUGAGCUCUGCCUUGGGGGGGGAAUUUAUACUGCAGUGUUUCCAAAUAUUGCCUUUUAGGAAAUGUUUAGAUAUGAAACAUCAAAGGUGUGUGAUGCUGCUGCAUGGCAAGAAUAGCUGUAAGCAAGAAGAAGGGUCACAUGGUGAAAAAAAAGAGUUGUAUUA